AUGCCCUCACUCGUGCCCGUGCCGCCUGUGCCCGCAACGCCUGAGCCGCACUCCCAUCCGCUUGCAGAGCCGUCGACAUUGUGCUCCACACAUAUUCCCUCGCCGCACGAUGACGGGAAAAGCUGCCACAACGAGACGACGACACCACCCAUGUCUAUCCCGGGUACAACUAGUAUACGAUCUGCCUCCCCGGUGGACGUACAUGCGACAGAUCCAACAAGAGGCUGUAGUGACAACAAUGGCAACCCGUCAGAUGCGAACAAGGCGAUUGGCACAGACGGAUCUCGGACUGAGUACUCGCCGCCUGCGAGCCCACGAAUCACUCGAUCACAUGGGCGGGCACAGGAGACUCCGAAUACCAAGAGAUCAACACCUCCGCGGUCACCUAGACGGAAACCUCAGCGAUAUCUACGCUCGAGGGGUAAAGUCACGUACGCAGAUGAUGACAACGUCGACGGAGAUGCCUCCGUUCACAGGCCUCGCCCCUCGUCUCGAAAGCGCAAGGCCCAGGCCCAGCACGCACGCGGGAGGCUCUCUGACAGUCCCAACGGUGUGUGCGCGGACGACGGGCCAAAGAGAAGCAGGCGAGGACGGAAGAAGCCCCGGGCGGUCAAGAAGUACUGCUGUUCGCAGCCUAUGUGCGAGAAGAGCUUCAGUCGGUCGUUUGACCUGAGACGUCACAUGGACAUCUGCGCUGGCCCAGGUGAGAAGAAAGCGCCUGCGCAGCACUUCUGCGACAGUUGCGGGAGAGGAUUCAAUCGCAAGGAUGCGUUGAGGCGGCAUUGCAUGGAGAUGCCGGCGGCGUGUACGAAGUAUUUGCGGGGGCUGGAGAAGCGAGCAGCGCUUCAGAGUGGCAAGGAUGACUCGACGAACAGUGUUUCGAGCGGGAGUCCAAGCGGCGAGGAUCUACAGCAGGAGGAGUGGUGUAGCCUGGGAGAGAACGACCAGGAGGACAGGGAAGCCGACUCGGAGGACGAGGGUCUGGACAGGUCAGAAGAUGGGGUCGAUUAA